AGAGAGAUAGAGAGGGAGAGAGAGAGAGAGAUGGGGGUGUGUUUUGGUAGUCCCAACUUCCCUACUCCUAGCUAUGCUGGUCAUCCCAAAUCUGGAGCGAAGUGGAAAAUCACCACUUCAUCAUCUUCUGCAGCCAGCAAUAGCCAUAACUUGUCGGCUGCCCGCACUACUUCAUCAUCUCCUGCAGCCAGCAAUAGCCAUGACUUGCUGGCUGCCCGUGAUAAAAGGGCCUUCGGAGAUAGAAAGAUUGUGGCAGACCCCAGCUUGACCGUCUUCAGUUUCGCAGAGUUAAAAGAGGCGACUAAAAAUUUUCCAGCAGAAGCGCUGCUCGGAGAGGGAGGAUUUGGUCGUGUCUAUAAAGGAAUGCUUCAUGGGAAGCAACAGUCUGGAAGUAAAGAGACUAUAAUAGCUGUGAAAAUAUUAAAGCCGGCUGGUGCUCAAGGGUAUAGACAGUGGCGGGUAAGAACUAAGUCGUCUUCAAUUCCUUUCUCGGAAUACAAAUACUUUGCUUUGUCAAUUACAAAAAUGAAACAACCCAAAUGCAUGAUGGAACUGAUGGGAGCUUGUUGUCAUGCCCAACUCAGCUGGGUCGAUAAACAUCCUCGUGAAAAUAGCAGUGGCAGAAUUACUGGACAACAUGAAUUUAUAUGACUAUAUAGACGCAAAUCCAUAUGUAUUUGAAGUUGAUUAUCCCAGGAUUUCUAUAAGUGGUGGCCUGGCCUUUUAAUUUUCUUUCCGAAAGGGCCCUUGUGGAUA